AUGCUGGCGGGGCUGCCUUGGGCCACCUUCAAGAAGCCGCUGUCCCUCAAGAGCCAGCAAGACAACGGCCAGCAGGGCUACGACAGCGGCUACGGCAAGAAGCAGCGAGGCGGCCAGAAGGCGGAGACCGAGGAACUCCCCCCGGCGCUGGUGCUGAUCGCGGAGAAGAUGGGCGGCAUGCAGCUGGCGGACGGCGUGCAGCUCAGCAGCCAGCUCAAAGGCUUCGCGGCCAGAAACGAGGCGCAGGCCGACCCGCCGAAGGUGAAGACUCGACCUGAGAGGCUAGGCGAAGCUGCGGAGGCCCUGCGAAACGCAAACAAGCAGUUCACGACGGUCGCCGUGCAGGUGAAGAAGCAGAGGGCGAUGCUGCAGGAGUGGGAGAAGAAGAUUGAGGAGAAGGCUACGGGGGUCGCGAAGCAGGAGGCGCUGCUCGAGAAGAUCUACGGUGAGGGGGAGAACCAGCCGCAGAGCUUCGUGCAGCAGCUGAUCUCCAGGACCCCCGAGCAGUUGGCGCUCGACGGCGUCAUCGACCUUGAGAAGGAGAUGGAGCUGGACGACGAAGAGGUCGACGAGGCAGCCAAGCAGGCGGUCCCGGAGGCCAAGAUGCAGGUGCUGGAGGACUUGCAAGAAGGCGCGAGAAGCUAUACCACCAAACUCCAGGAGCACAUCAGCAAGGCGAAGGAGCUAGCGGCGAAGAGCAAGGAGGCGAUCAGGCAGGAUGUAAAGAAGAGGAUGAUCGACGCGAACGAGGCUCACCGGGACGUGACGCACGCCAUGGCCAGUCGCGGGGGCCGCGACUUGUUCGGGAAGCUGCGCAUCAAGGCAAAGAUCGAGCAUAGCUCCACCAGGAAGCUGGAGUUGCCGAGGGCCUGCUGCCGCGAGAGCAGGAGCGAGCCCCGCGAGAUGCAGAGGCAGGCCUACGACGCGGAGCUCGAGGGUACGCAGUGCGUGCAGCCGACGCGCAGGAGCCUGGACAACACCACCCCAAUCACUACAGAAUGCACAGCCAAGAAGAAGGGCAAGGCUGAGCACAUCGACAUCGAGAACAAAGGCCAGAAGCCCACGGCAAACAGGGACCAGGAGCUAAUCAUCUGCGGAGAUGGAAGUGGAGGUACACGUGGCGACGAUGCGAGAUACAGGCGAUGUGGUUGGGGCUGGGUGCUGAUGGAGAGGGUCGAUGGACAGUGGACACCUACCGCAGAAUGCUCAGGGCCCUUACCAAGGGAGCGGCAGUCCGACAACAGGGCGCAAAUAACGGCGCUCCUAGACAGCCAGGAGUCGACCACGGGUAACAUCACCUUCUACACGGACUCGGAGAUCCUCUGCAAGGGCUGGAACAACAAGAGGUACCUCACAAAGUGCUACAAGAAGGGCCACGGCGACCUUUGGAAGCGUAUCGGAAGGGCGCUGGACAACAGAGGAGACGCUACCAUCAGAGUGUUGCAGAUCGAGAGCCACGUGAGCAUAGAUGAGGCGCAGAUGGGCUACUACCACUGGGCUAGAGCCGCGGCGCAGCGGGUGACAGCGAGGAUUGCACAGUCGACCCGGGAGCUGUUCGAGAAGGUGAGGCCCGUGACCUGGGAAGAGAAGGAGGAAGCGAAGAGCGGAAACGAGUGGUCCGCCGACAAGUUCAGGGACCUCGAGCACCGCGCCGAGGUCCUCCACUGA